AUGGAAGUUCCUACUGCAGUUCCUACAACAAAGCCUACAGAGCCUGCAAAGGAGGGGCCUGCAAAUCCUACAAGAGUAUCUACAGUGCCUACGACAAUCCCUAUGGAGUCUACAACAGAACCUAUGGAGCACAGAACAGUACCUACGGCGCCUACACCAGUCUCUACAGUGCCUACAGAACAACCUACACCAAUCGAAUAUAUUCGAAGUCCUAGAGCAGAAACAUAUCUGACUCAAGAUGGAACUAGGGAAUGGAUUCCAUAUUGUGUUGAAGAUAAGAAACCACGUGAAGGAAUGGUAUUCAAAACUUUAGAAAAGGCUAUCGAUCUUUAUAAGGAGUAUGCUGUAAUAUGUGGUUUUGACGUUUGUUCAGCUACAGUAUACAAGAAUAGCAAAGGUAUCAUUCAAAAGUAUUAUCUUUGUAGUAGAGAAGGUAUCUUAGAAUCCGAAGGUAAUUAUGAUGAGAAAGGGAAGCGACGCCGUAAAAGAAACUCAAAGCGAGUUGGUUGCAAGGCUAGAAUCAUUUGUAAUCUUAACAAUGAAGAUGGAGAAUACAAAGUUACCAAAUUUUUUGAGCCUCAUAACCAUUGCCUAGCCUCUCCUACAUCCAUGCCAUAUUUGAGAAGUUCAAGAAAAAUGACGAUGGUUCACGAGAAUUUUGUGAAUAAUAAUACAAGAAUGAACAUUGGACCAACGAAAUCUUUUCGGCUAUUUAAGGAAAAUGUAGGUAGUUACGACAAUGUUGGGGCCACAAUGAAAGACUUUAUGAACUUUCAUAGAGAUUUGAAGGAGCACAUCAAGGGUGAUGAUGCUAAGAUGUUAAUUGAGAAUUUUAUACGAAAAAGAGAUGUUUUCAAUGGGUUCUACUUUGAUUAUGCCCUAGAUGAACAUGAUCAUGUUUCCCAUCUGUUUUGGGCGGAUGCAACUAGCCGUAAAAAUUAUUCAUUGUUUGGAGAGAUGAUAUCCUUUGAUUGCACCUAUGACUCCAACACAUACUCAAUGGUUUUAGCUCCUUUCACCGGAGUAGACCAUCACAAGUCUUGCAUAACAUUUGGGGUUGGUUUACUUUCUAAAGAAGAUGCUCAAUCAUUUGAAUGGCUUUUUAGGACUUUCCUUAAUGCUAUGGGAAAUUGUGAUCCUAGAUAUUUGAUAACCGAUCAAGACCCGGCAAUGAAAGUUGCCCUAAAUAAGGUGUUUGUUAACACUCGCCACCGACUUUGUUUGUGGCAUAUAAUAAAAAAAAAGUUCAUGAAAAAGUAG